GCCCUGUGUUACCAGGGGCCUCAAGACCCAGGUGAAGGGUAAGCUACAGGUGGGGACCCAAGGGGCCUGGCAGGGUUGGUACCCAGGCCCCUUGGGUCCCCACCUUGGAGGAGGAGGCCUGAGGAUGCACCGCCUUCUCCGCAACGCCCCUCCCCCUCAUGCCUACGCUGCCCUCUCCAGUUGGCUCUCCAUUGGCCGCAGCGCUCGCCAAUCCAGCCCCCUGGCCUUGAAGGGGGCGUGGCCGUGCGGUGCGGGGUCUGGGGCCGCGUAUAUCGCCGCUGCGUGCUGCGGUGCGGGCGGCGGGAUGAUGAAGCUAGGAGCGCGGCGCGUUCUGAUCCCGCUUGCUGCUCCUGCUGACACCUAAGCUGAGGCGGCGAUGCUGCUGAGACCCUUUCAGCCCACAAGUCAACCUACUUGAUUGUUAGCCAUGCCUUUAGUGAAGAGGAACAUCGAGCCCCGGCACCUGUGCCGGGGCGCACUGCCGGAAGGAAUCACCAGUGAGCUUGAAUGUGUGACCAACAGCACACUCGCUGCUAUCAUCCGCCAGCUAAGCAGUCUGAGCAAACAUGCAGAAGACAUAUUUGGUGAGUUAUUUAAUGAGGCUAACAACUUCUACAUCAGAGCAAAUUCCCUUCAAGACAGAAUCGAUCGGCUUGCUGUCAAAGUCACCCAGCUGGACUCCACGGUGGAGGAGGUCUCACUACAGGAUAUCAACAUGAAGAAAGCAUUCAAAAGCUCUACCAUCCAAGAUCAGCAGGUGGUUUCCAAGAACAGCAUUCCCAACCCUGUUGCUGACAUUUACAACCAGAGUGAUAAACCUCCGCCGCUGAGCAUUCUGACACCAUACAGAGAUGACAAGAAGGAUGGGCUGAAGUUCUACACAGAUCCUUCUUACUUCUUUGACCUCUGGAAAGAAAAGAUGCUGCAGGACACAGAAGACAAGCGGAAAGAGAAACGACGUCAGAAGGAGCAAAAGCGUGUAGAUGGCACCACCAGAGAGGUGAAAAAGGUUAGAAAAGCCAGAAACAGGCGCCAGGAAUGGAAUAUGAUGGCGUAUGACAAAGAGCUUAGGCCCGACAACAGGUUGUCUCAGAGUGUGCACCAUGGAGCAUCCUCCGAGGGAUCUCUGUCCCCAGAUACUAGGUCUCACACAUCCGAUGUUACCGAUUAUUCUUAUCCUGCUACUCCCAACCACGCUUUGCAAGCACAGCCAGUGACACCUUCCUACACAGCUGGUGAUGCACCACUGCAUGGAACCACAAACCAAGGCGCUGAGCAUGAGUACCGACCGUCAUCUGCCUCGGCAAGGCACAUGGCCCUGAACAGACCUCAGCAGCCACCGCCCCCGCCUCCUCCCCAGGCUCCAGAGGGGUCCCAGGCCUCUACGUCAGUGGCUCCAGCCGACUAUGGGAUGCUUCCAGCACAGAUAAUUGAAUACUACAAUCCCUCAGGACCACCACCACCUCCCCCUCCACCCAUGAUUCCUUCAGCACAAACUGCCUUUGUCAGCCCUCUCCAGAUCCCUGCGCAGCCCCCGUUCCCUGCCUCAGCCGGCUCCACAUACCCCACUCCUCCUCACCAGCCCUCCACUGGGCUCCUGGCCACAGCACCACCACCCCCAGGCCCCCCACCUCCUCCACCUGGUCCUCCUGGCCCCUCUUCCCUGUCAUCCUCCCCAAUGCAUGGUCCCCCUGUGGCUGAGGCAAAGCGCUCAGAGCCUGCACAGCCACCUAUAAGUGAUGCAAGAAGCGACCUCCUGGCUGCCAUCCGGAUGGGAAUCCAACUGAAAAAGGUGCAAGAGCAACGUGAGCAGGAAGCCAAGCGGGAGCCUGUUGGAAACGACGUGGCCACUAUCUUGUCUAGACGCAUUGCUGUGGAGUACAGUGACUCAGAUGAUGACUCUGAGUUUGAUGAGAACGAUUGGUCCGACUGAGUUGCAAGGGCCAGGCAGCCAUUCGACAGCCAGAGCACCAUAUGCAAGUGUAUUAGGAGCUCCAGUGAUCUCUGCACCCUCACAGUGGUAUUACCCUGUAGCUUUAGUACCUUUUGUAUUAACAGUGUGAUUUUGCUUCUGCACAUCCUUCUGGAUUUGUUGAGUAUUUACUGUGUAAUACUUAAGUGCCACUAAACACAGCACACUGUGCUGCACACCAGGAAAUUCGCAGUAACUAGUGCAUCAUCCUGAAAUAGCAUCUUGCUUCCCUCUUGGCUGUGAGAGUCUCCUCUCCUGUCCAUCCUGAUUUGGUGGGCUUGCCACGUGUCUGUGCAGCUGCCCCAUGUCAGCUCUUUGCAAGAUCAAUGGCUAUGUGUCUUAGUGAUGUCUUCCAACCCAUGGGUGAUACGCUUUCCUGUUUCUUUUCUUUGCAAAUCAAAUUCCAGAUGGACAUGUUUGUAGAGGGAAUGAGAUGGUUUAACAGAUCUGAAUGAGAUGUAUCUGUUUGCACACUUGGCCUGGUAGCCUCCAAGGAAAUGUGUAUGCUCAUUUGCUUUCCUUAUCUUGGCACUUACAACAGAGAGCACCCAUUUUUAUGAGGGGAACCCUGUGGGUACUCAUGUAGAGAGUGCCCACUGACUUUUGCAGACGGAGUUCACUUUUGUGGCUAGCCCUGAUAGCAUGGGCACCAGUUAGCCAGGCCAUGUACAAGCUGCAAAACUUGCAUGGUAGAGCUGC